AUGCAUUUGCAUCUGAUAAACGAGCCUUUACAUCCAAAAGCUUAUCUUCAAAAUCAACUAGAAGCAUUUAUUCGUUUUUGUGGCUACAAACAUCCUUGGAGCUCUGUAAUAAUUUACUGCAUCUUCUGCAUAAUACGUGGUUUUUAAUUAGUUUUUUUUUGCAAAACAAUUAAUUAAGAAAUAAAUCCAUCAGUAAUCGUUUAAUUUUUGAUCUUCUUUAUGGUAGAAUAAUAUUUUUUAUUAGAUUUAUAAUGGAGAAGUAUUUUAAUAGGGAUUAGUUGCUUUCUAGCUAUAAUGGGAAAAUAUUUAUUGCUUGAUCUGGAUUACCUAUUUAGUUAUGAGCUAUAAUUUAUCUAAUUAUGUAUAAAGGAUUUCUAUUAGACUAGUUAUUAAAUCUACUUAAUUAAAAGUUGA